AUGAGAUGGUCAUGUUGGCUUAUGCAUAAUGUGUGGUUAAGACUGCAAAUAAAAGCGUGGUUUCCACUGCUGCUGAUAAGAAUAACCGAUGGUUCACGUUUCUUCUUGGGUUUACAUAUCAGAACCGACGGGCUUCUUGCUUGUGGUGGUAUAAUACUUAUACUCUUUCAUAAGUGUAGAUUUUGGUUUACAUGUCUCGCUGUGCCGGUCACUUCAAAUCUGGUUUGGCCGCAUUUGCUACAACAACAAGUGGUGAAUUUUCCAGUUACGGCCUUGGGCAACUUCACGAUUUUGAACCUGACACUGCAAAAUCCUUCCAACCAGUUAUUAGCUGUUCAAAUAAUACCGCUGACGAUCUAUCCGAACCCAGAAGAGCUGCUGAACUUGGUAUCACCACUAACUGGAUACGUGGAAAUGGAUGACGUGCUGAUGUUCAGCCUUCGUGAUUCAGAACUGUACAAUACGAAGCCUGAAAGCCCGGUGCCCGCAAUGCGUAGGGAACUGGAAAAGCUGGUCGGUAUUCCGGUGCCGAGGUUCACCCUCUCGUUUUUGUUGAAGCCGGCCAUGAAGGUAUCGGUGCGGGUCGGAUUUUUGCCUUCUGAUUACCACAUGCGAUCGUCGUUGCUGCUCAUAAGGAACAAUCUGACGGGGUUGGAGGCGGUACCGAUCUAUGGUCGAGGAGGAAAGAUGGAGCUUAGGGUUGGUAGCCGGAUGCCCCAAAGCAACCAACCGCUGCUGUUCGAAAUACAAGAAAAGCACCUGCGCGAAUGUGAAAACAAGAAGCGUACGUUUCGUAAACUUCUCAUUUUUCUGUUCAGCUUGAUUUCUGUUUUCGAAUUCCGUUUUGCGAAACCCUUUGCAAACUGGCACAGCAUUAUGGAACAGCGGUACAUAAACCACCUUUUAUGA